AUAAUCUCAAGGUCGGUUGACGCUAUCGUUUGGUAAGGCGCGAUGUUGAACAGAAUGGAUUUUCAUUCUAGUAAUCUAUCAUACCGCGGAAGAAGGAUGGAAAUUCUUCUGGUAGUUUUAGCUGUCAUCAAACUAUUAAAAGUGAUAUCUGUUUACGCUACGUAUGAACUGUUAAAGAAUUCUAAUCCUCUCACUAUAUUAAUUGCUUUAAAAUUUACUGCAUUACUUAUUAUGGUGCCACUGCAGAAGCCUUUUAAUGGACCUAAAUUGAAGAUUACUGAGUGGUUUCACAUCUUAAAGUUCUCUUUUGUCCGGCUUCUUAUUGAUGCUUUUUGGAUAGAAGGGCUUAUUCUUUGUGGUCCCUUCAGGUUUAUUUUGUUGUUCGAGCACAGCGAACUUCUAAUUCUUGCUUCAGUUGGUACAUUUAUCUUCGGGUCCAAUUGCACUAAAAGAACUCGAGGGUCAGUAUUCUUUGUAAUUGGUGUAGUGUGUUUGGUAUUUUUCGACCAUGAUUAUAGUCAUGGGGAGACGGAGCAUCCUGAAGGAGUUCAUAAAAGUUUCCUAAUCCAUCAUUUAUAUGAAUUAUUUGUAAACUUUGGACUCUCAGAUCACAAGGUUGGUGUUGUUGUCCUAAUUAGUGCGGUUUGCUUGGAUGCCGGGCUAGCUUCAAUUUCUAGGACGUUAGUAACAUCUGUCGGAGGUGCCAAACGUUUAUACAGCCUUUCUGCGUUAAUCAGCUUCGUCAUAUUGAUUCCGUUUUUUCUUCUUACUCACUUCUUCAAUGAAAACUCCUUUCACACAAAGGAACAAUUAAAUCUUUUGAAGAUGGUAGAAAAUGUUAACGAUCAAAUGCCUUCUCAUGAAUCAUCUGGAAAUAUCCCACAAAGAGAUUGGCUAUUUUGGAUGGUUUAUAUAAGUACCAUGCAUGUAAUCGAUUUCUAUAUGACCAGUCUGGUCAGCGGGCGACUUGGUUCUCAAUCAGUGACUCGUCUUGCUAAACUAACUGUCGUUAUAACUAGCCUAAUAUUCAGCCUUUUCUGGUCAUCUUCAGAUUCCGUAGAACAAUUUGUUUCAGUCGAUCGUAAUGAGAUUCUUGUAAACAGUUUCCUACUUAAACAUCAAAUGUCUGUUGGAGUAAUUGUUUCGGUCGUUUGUAUUUUAUAUGCUUCAGAUCUUUUAACUGCAGAUAAAUCUGGUCAUGGUCCAGAAGGCAUUUCAAGUGGUCAUUUUAUUGGUUAUUCAAUGGCUGGUUUACCUUUAUUUACUGCUGGACAAACGCCUACACACGGUACUGCCUUAUUAGCGAAUUCAGAAGAAUUUGGUCUAUGGUAUCAUUUACGAGCUACGUUUCAUGGCAUAUUAACUGGACAAGCUUCACGUCGCAUUUUCGCGUUCUUGUGUUUAAAUCUAGCUUUUACAUUUGUGGAACUUUUUUAUGGUGUAUGGACAAAUAGUUUAGGUUUAAUUUCUGACGGUUUUCAUAUGUUAUUCGAUUCAGCAGCACUUGUAGUAGGGUUAUAUGCUGCUGUAGUUUCACACUGGAAACCGACACGUAUAUUCUCAUUUGGAUAUAACAGUGCAGAGAUUCUAUCUGGACUUGUCAAUGCACUGUUCCUGUUGGUUAUAUCUGGAUCAGUGUUUAUCAAUUCAAUUGUACGUAUUCAUCAACCACCAGACAUUAAAACUGAUAAAUUAUUGGCUGUAUCUAUUUUAGGUUUGCUUGUAAAUAUUGUUGGUGUUGUCGCUCUUGGUCAUGCUCACAGUCAUGGAGGCCAUGGUCAUAGUCAUGGUGGACAUGGUCACAGUCAUAGUGGUUCCCACGGUCAUAAUCAUGGAGGCAGUUCUAGUGAACAUUGUCAUAAUCACGAGCAUGGUCACAGCCAUAGCCGGAAUCAUAGCCACAGUUCAAAUAGAUCUCAUUCUCAUCACCAUGAUCUCAAACAUGCUGUUGAAGCUCAUAAUGAAGAACUUCAUUAUGGUCAUACACACGGUCAUCAGCAUCACUGUGGAUCGCACAAAUCACAGAAAGAUGAAGCAGGAGAUGCUAACCUACGAGGUGUGUAUUUACAUGUGCUUGCUGAUACUUUGGGUAGUGUAAGUGUAAUAUUCAGUUCAUUUCUGGUAACCAAUUAUGGUUGGAAUGUAGCUGACCCGAUAUGUUCAAUGUUUAUUGCAUGUGUAAUUGGCUAUUCAGCUAUGCCUUUGCUCAAUGAUACCCUUUGUUUGCUUACUUUAAAAGUACCUGAUGAAUUUCAUUCUCAAUUAAUGGUUAAGAAAAUAUUGCAAGUGGAUGAAGUUGUUUCUGUUUCAAAUCCAUUUAUUUGGACUCAUAUGCAUAAAUCUGUAUGUGUUUGUGUAACGGUUCGAAUUCAGUCUAGUGCCUCAGAACAAGUAUUAUUACGAAAGGUAGUUUCCAAUGCUUUUAUUUACUUAGAGAAUUAAUAUUUCUUGUGAUUUGAAAGUUGUAGUUAUAGUUUUGUUCGCAGUGCUGCUUACGUAUUUAAAUAGCAGAUACGUUCUGUAGUAUUUUCAUAUUUUUGUCAACUAUUCUCUAUAGUUAUGGUCUUCCAAAUGUGACUCAUUCGGUUCAACCGUUUUUAGUGGGAUAUAAGUAUUACUAGGAAUAUUUCAAAUGAGAGCCCGAAAAUUUCUCGAACAGUGAUAAAUUUCUCAUGUGUAAUAACCCAUACAAACCACUUAGUGAUUUUGAUUAUAGCGUUAACCAUAUCAGAUAGGCGUACUCAAAAAGUUAGUUCUAAUGGAAGGUAUAUCCUAAUCGCGAAAAAGUGCUACAAAACACCUAUUCCUCUUUUCUUCAAACUGGAACUAAAGGUGAUGCCCAAACAAAAAUAAAAGUACUUGCUUAAAAAGCAAUGAUAAGGCUAAAUGCUUGACGAUUUUAUAAGUUAUGUUAUGAAAUUUUUUUUCUAUUGAACGAUUUCUACACCAAAGACUAGAGAAUAUGAUAUUCAUAAUCUUUUAUUGAUCUACUAGUGUCAACAUCUAAGUGCAACAAAAGAUUCCUGCCAGCGUAAAUAGAUCGUUGGUAGCAUCCUUGAUAGCGUUCUGGAUAUCAUAGGUAACAUCAUUCUACUCAAGAUUACAGAUACCAACGAUUCCCAAGUAGACCGGAAUUGUUUAAAUAUUUUUGAAGGAGGGUGUUUAACCAAACUUCAGCUAGAACCUCACUUCUAUACCGAUGGUCAUGUUAGUAGUUGUAAACACUUCUUUUGGAUGCAAAGGUUAGGUUGUAGUGUCGGUUACUAUGUUAAGCCCACAUACUUAUUUUAGCUUCUGGUCACACCAAUUUAUUCAUUCUUCUUGAGUCACAUUUUCGACCUUGUUAAUUUUUCACUUAUCAACCUUAACUGUUUUUUAUAUGAGCGUAUGUGUGUUCAUUGCUUAUCCUAUUCAUCACAUGCCUGUAACUUAUUUUUAUCUGACUUUAAAUAUCGAUUAACUCUUGAUUAAAUCGAGUUGGAUCACACUCUUUCUCCACUGUGUGUCAUUUCGCUUCGUUUCUCCGGUCGUUUGUCUGGAUGAACGAUUGUAUGAAAUAUACGUAUUCGAAAUUCAUUCUCGUAUUUGACUUAUUUAAUUCCGUUAUUGACUAAAGCGGAUUAAGUCGAUAAUUAUAUACGAGGAUAGCCGACCUGAGUAUUUCAAUAACAAUCGUUUACACGAUCUACCCGGAGCCAGAUAUAAGGGCCACAAAAUUGUUUAUGAACACGGAUCCCGAUAGCUUCAGCAAAAUGCAACAGACGAACUCGUAAACCAUGUGCUAUGCAGUGAGGGAUUUGCCGAAUUGUACUUUCUAUAUAACUGGCUCUACAGUAGUUGAAAUGGCGAAUACACACGGAUGUGGCGAGUUAAGGCAGUUUAUCUUCAUUGAUGGUUUUUAUUAUCGGGGGGAUGUAGAAAACCAUAUUCAGUUUGGCUGCAGUAAAUGUUUUCUGCACCGUCUUUCUUUUGAGUUACAAUUUCUUCAGUAGCAUCAUUUAGAAAUAGUAAUUUUAACACCAAUACUUCCUCUGGAAUAGUAGAGCCCCCAAAUACCCUAGUAAGGCCGAGAGUGGGGAGAGUCCACUCUCCCUCUCGAAACGCUCUCACAUGGCCACGCGUAUAUAGCCUCUGCCAGGGAAUUCCUACUCACUGCCUUCUCGUGGCUGGAGUGUUGUUUACCAAAUUGAGAGGACGAAAAGCGAAUGUCUAGUGCUUUAACCGGGUCGGUGGACAUGGAGAGUCCACCUAGGGGAGUUGGAAAACCCUGAUUCCAAACCAAUGGUGUACAUGGUUUCCAGUAUCCUAAAGGAACAAAUGGCAUAUGAACCAAUCGUUGGUCACCGGCUACCAUUGGACUGCAUCUCUUUACGUUGCUCCACUGUCUUGUGUAUCAGACGUUCAGGUCGAAGGCUGUGGGUGUGGCCCCCUAAGAAAAGCACCUGAUUCGGUUUGGGCACUCGAGUAGUAUCACAGCUCUCACAAAUAUCAAAUGAGGUUUGUGUGGUGCAUAUGUAUUUGGUGCCUCAUUGUAGCAAUAUCUAUGUGUUAAAAUAAAUAAAUAAUAGUAGAUAUAUUUAGUUCUCUUUUCAUCCUAUUUAUGUAUUUGUGAGUGAAUUUUAUUCCCGUAGGUCUAACAUUUCGAACAUGUUUUCUGAAAUAAAAUCUUUUUUAAUGUUUCAAUGAUUUUCAUAGCUGUUUUUAAAUUCUGUCUGUCACAUCAUUCUUUACUCCUAUCACUUAAAACGGCUUUCAUCCUGUUUAAACGGUCGUUUUCAUCCAUGAGUACUACACCAUAACCUUUGUCUGGUUUCGUAAUUAACAAAUUAUCAUCUAUUUGCUUAAAGCUUCUUUAUAUUUUUUCGUCAAAAUUCCUUUUGAACUGUAUUCAUUGUUUAGGUGUCUAAGGCAACAGUCUAUUAGUGUUGAUUUAAAUCUCUCGACAUCAUCUUUUGAUGAAGUUACUAGUUCUGCUGUUUGGGUAUAAAAUUUUUUCAAAUUGGAUUUCAACGUCCAAUUUUUUAUUAACCGUUUUCUUAAAGUCACAAAACUUAGGAUCCAACAUUAGUUGCAAUAGUAACUUGUUUUUUGUUCAUUAAUAAUUAUGUUUUAUUAGCAUUUAGCUUACUAAACAAAAUUUUACCUACUUUAUUCUUUUUCAUUCGUGUAAUAGAUUAAAGAAUUAAUUCAAUAUCAUUUCACAUCUAUAUCUCAUUUAACUAUACAAAUUGAAAAAGAAGAAUAUGAAUAUCAUACUCAAGCUAUGGGUUUACAUUUAUCUGUUAUUGGACAUUAUCCUAAAUCAUUUAUCAAUUCGAAUGUUUUAAUGAAUGGAUUAACACAUCAUCAUCACCAUGAUAAUACCAAUCAUUGUGGUAAAUAUAACUGUUCAUCUGAACGCAUGAAUUUAUUAUCUGUUAAAGAUAUUUAAACACGUAUGCAUUGUAGUUGUCAGUCCAUGUCGAAAAGGCAUCUUUUGAUUUUUUAUAGCUCCGUUCCCUUUUGUUCUUCACUUCCUUCCUUAUUUGUUCGUAAAUUAUCAUUAUUAUUUCCAGUUAAUUUCUCAUCAUUCCAUAUUACCUAAAUCAAUAACCCUUCCGGAUAAUUCUCCUUCACUUUCCACUUUCAUUAUUGUACAUAGUUGUAUUCAAUCUCUUUAAUACCAUCUUCACCCCAGUUUAUUCUAUGAAAUUAAUCAUUAUGAUCCUUGUCGUUUUUCGUUGUCUUUUGUAUAGUAUUUGUCUACCUAAUAAAGUUCCCUUACUUAUACUACUUUUUAGUAUAGUAGUAUAGAGGUUUAUUGGAGUUUUGUAUAAUAUUCGAUUUCUAGGUGAAUUAUAUUCAAAAUUAUUUCAAAUGAGCAUUCUCAGCCCUAAUUAUUUCUUUCUUUAAUUAUGUACUCUAAUUUGUACUACUGAUUUAUGUUAUUUCAUAUAACUGGUUCUGAAUCUAACCCUACCGGUUCAUCUUUGGUUAUUCUUUUCGCUAUUGAUUUUGUCUGCGCUGUCAGAUAUCUUAUUUUACCUUGAUUACGUUUUUUAACUGACGUUUCUUAAAUUCUCUGGGAGUUUGCCGGUUGUUCUGUCUUUCAUCAAGCUUCAAAAUGUGCUUUUUUUGUUGGCCUAGUUACACACGUUUAAAUUAUUUAGUAGUCAACCACUUGUACUUGUAAAUGAUUUAAGCGAUGACUGUGAUUAUAUUUUUGCCUACAAAAUGUGGAGUGUAUGCAUGAAUGUGUUGUUUAUUUUAUAAGUCUGUUAAAUCAACUUAGUAAGGGUUUUUUGAGUGAAGGUUUUUUAUAUAUACUUUAUGAUUAUUUAUCACCUUUUAAAACAAACAUUUCUCGUUUUAUGCAGAAUAAAGAAUCAACCAUUGUAAAGAAUUGGUGUAUUUUUAACAUUUACUUCGGUCACACGUUAAUGAUAUUUCAGUAAUAUCGGUUUUCUUAAAAUAUUCUUCGCUUACUUUGCUGGUUUUAUGCAUUCACUUUCAUAUUAAUUAUUUUCUGCUUUGUAAAUGAGAUUAUUGCAAGGCAGAUGGGUCUGUUAAAAAUAUACUUUUUUUAAAACGUGGAUUAAUGGGUCUUUUUUGAAAAAAAUCUAAAAAAGAACACGCUAUGGCUAUUCAAAAAUCGCUGAUUAUUUGCCAUCCAAAGGACUCUUCACUGACUAUAGCUAAUUGUUUACUUGUCUGACAACUUGUAAUACUAUGCCUCCACCAUAGUGCUCCCACCUUCUAUCUUUAAAGUUAUUUGCCUGAAAACGUACUAACUAGUGUUUACUGGAUUCUCUUUUCCUACAUUGUGAACCAACUUGGAUAGUAGUAUCUUUGACUGAAUUCUUAAGUUUGUCGAAAUCUGUGUCAGUAUAGUUUUAUGUGAAGUGUGUAUGUCUUGUAAUAUUCCCCUUAAUUACUUCAGUUGCUGUAUCCACAGACCUAAAGUUUUGUUGUGAAUAUCAAUAACACUCGAUCAGUAUUUGCAGUUUAUUCGAUUC